UGCCUGCCUGCGCGUGCACACAUCUCCUCCUCUCCUGUGCACGAUUUGAAAGUUGCUACUAGGGGAGCCUGGUGUGUUUUGACGCUGAAACAUACGUGUGAAUGUGCGGCGUUUUGAUAAGGUGGAAAGUGGAUGAAGGUGCAACAACUAACCCUCUAGGACAUCCCUGAGCGUCUCCCGGUCUGAUGGAUGCAGAGGUGAAUCUGCAGGGGGAGGACACGGAGGGCUCGUGGACGUUGCUGUCCUGGUUGGCGUCGUGCCUCAUGGUGUUUGGGGGAGCCCUGCCCUACGUGCCUCAGUACCAGGAGAUCCAGAACAGCAACAACAGCGAGGGCUUCUCCACCAGAGUCUGCUUGGUGUUGCUCAUAGCCAACAUCCUGCGCAUCUUCUUCUGGAUUGGGAAGCAGUUUGAGCUCACUCUGCUGAUCCAGAGCGUGGUGAUGAUCAUCACCAUGUUUGCCAUGCUGCACCUCUGCUGCACUGUUCAGAGCGCCAACCGAGUGAGCACUAAACAACACCGACUUUCAGACUUGAACAUUGACUACUUCUGGAAGUGGAGCGCAUUUGAGGACUACCUGCUCUUCUGCUUUGGCUUCACUGUGCUGUGUGCAGUCGUCACUUUGCUGCUGCUGGACUCUGCUGUGUAUGUGGAGACCCUGGGUUCCCUGGCUCUGAUGUUUGAGGCCAUGCUGGGCCUCCCGCAACUGUUCAAAAACUUCCACAGUCACUCCACCAAAGGCAUGAGUGUGAAGAUGGUGCUGCUCUGGACGGCCGGAGAUGUCUUCAAGACCACCUACUUUGUGAUGAAUGAAAGCCCAGCUCAGUUCUGGGCUUGUGGUUUAGUUCAGAUCCUAAUCGACGUGGCUAUCUUGCUGCAGGUCAUUUUUUACAGCCAAGACAUACGGGCCAAGCUAGGUUGAACAUGACUGCCUUCAGGGCUCGUGCAAAAUGUGUCACGCUUUUUGUAUAUAUAAUUAGCUGCAAAGCUGAUGCAACUAUCAGGGGAGGUAUUAAGCAUCAAGAACACAGAGAAAACCAAAGUCAGUAUAAUUUUUUUUUUGUCUUUGUCAGUUUUCAGCCUUGAACAAAAAAUCACCUUGAAGUACAAUUAAAAAUCAGUUUUAGCCUUGAUCAAAUUACUAAUAACACAAUGACUUGGACUUUAAACUUUUAGUAAUAUAAGGAAAUAUUUUGGUGCAUUUUUAGCAUUUUAUGCUAUUUAUUUGCUCUGCAUUGAACUGCACUUGGCUCCUAAUGUGUAGUGGACAUGGAAACUUUAAGAGGGAAACAUAACUCAUGCUGGCAGCUCACUAACAGCAGAUCUCUACUGCUGUAAUGGCAGCUGUAACAACCAGUCCUGCACCGGUAGCCCUGCACUGGAAUCUCUUGCCUGACUGAUGAGUUUCCCACUUCACACUCCACACUUCACUGGACUGUUCUCAUGAUAUGUGUGCGUGUUUGUGCGUGCAUGCUCACCAGUGUUUCUGUGCAGCUGAAAUUGAUUUUUGCCAUUGGCAUCCAGGCUAUAGAAUGUACACAUAGUAAUGGUAACUAUAUAGGACAUCAGUCUGUGUGUUAUGACUUGCUUCCUCGUUUAAUCGAAAAGUAAUGCAGGUCUUCCAUAAGGUAUAUGAAAAACAAUGUGGUUUUGUUCAGUGCUUUGGACUGUACCUCAGCCACAGAAUCUUUUGUAGACACCAAAGAACACGUGAUACUUCAGGUCAAAUUAUGUAACUUAAUGUAGCAGUAGUACUGAAUAUUUGUGGCAUUGUCAUUCUACCGUGCAUGUUAUCAACCCAUUACUUGUUUUUAGUGUCUCAUCACGUGCUGAUUUUGUGAUGUGUUUUUUGUUUUUUUAAAAAGUACUUUUGUUCUUUAAGACAAUAACAGUGAAACAUGACAUCAUAAGCAUCAUGAACAAGUGAUGGUUAAAAUUAAGUUAUGUUUUACCUUCAUCUUUUAUUGGAUGCUUCUAGUGCUCACACGCCACAGCAAGAAAGACUUUAAGUUAAAAUAUAUGGAUUUAAAUGGCUCCUUUUCCUCACCUGGUGAAACUGGUUUCCUAGUGUUCUCAGGUUUAAGUUAGCCUCCGGGUUUCGGUUGAUGAAUGUUUUCUUUGGAUCCUCCCCUUGAAUUGAACAGAACUGCCAAACCCUCCUCAAUAUCUCAAAAAUAAUAUUGAACAGUUUUUAACUGGUACUUUGUUAAGUUGUGUAGUCCAAUUUAAAAUUUGAUAUUGUUAUUGAAGUGUACUAUAGCCUCCAGUGCACACAGGAGGGUUCAGAGAGCAGUAGUAGUACUUUUUACCAGACCGCAGAGUCUAAAUAUGAGAAAAAAAUAAAAUAAAAUGAGAUGACAUUUUAACUUCACUAACAUCAACUGUAUAUCUGACUGUCCAUUAUAUAACAGACAACAUUUAGUCAAAAGAAAACUUGGAAUACCCUACCCUUUUUGACUCUCCAAAUCAUUUUCAUGUAGUCCCUUGGAUUAGAAUAAUUAUUUUCCUUUUCACUGAAUGUUUAAUAAUUCCUAGAUGGGCGACCUAAAGUAGUAAACGACUUUGAAGCAUCAUCAUUCACCCUGAAAUGCCCCAUUAAACAGAGGGCAGUUUGCAUGCCAUAGAGAAACAUUAAAACCUUAUUCAUCCAUUCCAGCCUUUCAAAACACACAAACAGUUUUAUUCAGAAUAUCUGUUUAUAAUCAAAACACUAAUCUAACAAUAUAGUCUCAAAACAAAUUCUAUUUUUUCACUUGUUUGUUGACAGUUUCCUUUGAGAAAAGCACUGCAAGGUAAAUAAAAUCAGCAUCCAAUCAGUAGUCAGCACAGGUUUAUUUUUCUUUCCCCUAGCCAUGAUUUAAUUAAGCCACUGCACCUGCUUAUUUAGACUUUCAGUCACCUUUUUAACUUAGCAGCUGUUUUGUUAAUCUGUAACUGUUUUCAGUUUCUCCUCAGUGAACAUCGUGUUUAAAUUACACACUGCAGUAAUUCUGGUAUGCAGCGUGCAGACAACCUCUUCCUGCAGCUGCCAGUGUGUCUGAGUGGUCAGGAUGUAAAACAAAUAUAUGAAAGAUAAUUUUAAAAAACUGAAUUCUAAACUCCAAAGGCAAAAAAAAUCCACAUAUCAGAACCCCUCAGCUGGUUGACAGAGUCUCCAGGUAUCUACUGGUCCUGACCAAUAGAUAGUAUGACUCAUAACUCAUAAUAAGUAUGACUCAUGUAGAUGGAUAUUGUCACAGUUGGACAGAGCUAGGCUAGCGGUUUCAACUUUUUAUGCUAAGCUAAGCUAAGCUAACUGUCUGUGAGCUGGAGCUUUUGCCACCCAGAUAGGACAGUGUCAUUAAUCUUCUCAUCUAUCUUUCUGCAGGACAAUGAAUAUGCAUUACAUAUAUUUCCCUAAGUGGCAAACUAUUGCUUUAAGGUUCAUAGUUUCAUUGAAAGUUUAUUAUUAUCAGCGACUGAAGGCAGUCACAGGCCACUUCCCUCUUUUUUUUUUUUUUUUUUAUCAUGUUUGUGUCUAUAUGCGUAUGUAUGUGUACAUAUGAAAACAACAAACCUAACUCACUGGGGAUGUUUGAAUAUCCUGGGAUUGUGUACUUCACUGAUGCAUCUCACUAUUUACUGCAGCCUGUCGGCUCUGUUCUGUGACCUCCCACUGUAUAAUUCUCUCCUCGUGGGUACAUUCAUUCUGCGAUUCCGAUUAUCUUACAUUACAAUCUUUUAGCGAUAUUGUAAGCUGCAGGUAUCUUAUCUCCAGCCUCCUGCACACUGCAGUUAUAUUGCAAUCAUAUUAUUUCAUGCAUGCUAUAUGCUCUUAUCGGCUGAUGUAUAUCUUUUCAUUGUCUCUCUCAGCAGAGGCUCCUUCACCGGAUUUAGUUUAAUAUUUUGGCUCCCUGUAGCCUUCUCUUCUGAAGGACAGUCGGAUAGAUUAACACACACACACACACACACAGCCUGGUUGUGAUAAUCCCUCAACCAAGUUCACAUUCUGGUGAACAUACUUGUUGCCUCACCGCUACAACACUGAUAAACAGAUGGUUUGUCAUUUCUGAGGAGGGUUGGAUUGUUAUUUCUACCAGAUGCAAAAUAUGUAUUUCAUGUGUAUCAUGAAAAGAUCAGUUGUGACAACAAACAGAAGCCUUAAAAGGAUUUGUGUGAAUUUUAGUUACUGUUUUAAUGUUUGUUGUAUUUACAGGAUCUCUGAAACCAAAGGUUGUUGUUACCUUUAAAGUAUUUUUAAAUGCUCCAAGAUAAAUUGCUCAGUUAAAUAUUAUGUAACUCUGAUGGUUAGGAUGUAAAGGUCUGUGACAGUUCACACUAGUGGCGUCACAUUUACAAAAAGUACUCCCAAACAUUACUGUCCGCAACAAUGAUUACUCUCUCAUGAUAUGUAUGUGAAAUGUUUGUCAUGGUUUUUUCUCAGAUAUAAACUAUUUAUAUUUCA